GCUGUGUUUCUGCUAACAAUUUGCCUUGGCUAUUUCCGUACCCGGUACCAAGCUGAGUUCCCUGGGCACUGCCCCAAUGUCCGAACGUUCCCCUCACUGCCUGUCUACCCAGGAACAAGUUUAUGCACGCAGACGGCCUAGUCCCGUCCAUGCUGUCUGUGCCUGCAUAUCUGUUGGGUGGCCUGGAUCCUUAGGUGCGGGACUUUUUGUGCUGAAUAUUUUUUUACAUCUUUUUUUGUUUCCUUUUUCCAAAGAAAAAAUUUCUUCCAAUUCGCUGCCUGAGUCAUCCGUGCCGUGUCUGCAGGGCAAUGCGCUGUAGCUUACGGCACAAGCCCAACGCCACCACCGGACCGUCAGUCAAGACUGCGGCGGGCGAGUGCUCAAUAUCGCCGAGUUAUCCUGCGCUUCUGGCCCACGUCGGCUGGAGCAGAUUAGUGUAUUCUCCCACAAGGUUGUGAAAUAGGUAGGCUAGUCGUUUAAGGUAUGGUUUAAGGUAGGUGAUGUGCUGCAAAUCGCAAUACCCGUCAGUCUGGUUGCUCAUGUUUCCUCAAUCCACUGGGCAUAUCUUGCCCGACUUGGUCGCCAGCACACAUGCUCACAUGCUUGCUCCUAGAAUCCCACUAAACGGUGGUGAGCAGACAGGGUUGGCACACAGCAGGCAAGCGAAGCAAGCCGUCACAUGUCUUGUGCGGCCCGUUGAGCAGCUGUACGUGUACAUUGGGACGGGGACGUUCUCGACCGCAACCGGGUCCCACUGACCAUCGCUCACUCUCCGACAGUACGAAUACGUACCAAGGCUGCUGCGGUGUACAUU